AUUGAAGCCGAUUAUCAACAAAAGAUGGCUGACCUUCAGGAACAGCUGCGGAAGACAGAGGAGCAAAACGACGAAUACAAUAAUCAAAUGACCCGAUCAUUGGCCACAAGAAGUCAGGAAAUGGAUUCCCUGCGCAAAGACAAGGACUCGUUGGAGGAGAAGUUGAAACAGUGUCUCAAAGAGUUGGACGACACGAAGACGCGGUCGCAGACUUUUGAAAAUGAAAAUAAACUGAUUGUACAAAGACUGGAGUCGCUCGAAGAGAUUGGUUCCAGUCAUCAGGAGUUGCGCGAGAAUCUACAGCGACAGUCGCUCGAAGAGAUUGGUUCCAGUCAUCAGGAGUUGCGCGAGAAUCUACAGCGACAGCUAUCGAUUUGCGAAUCCAAACUGUCGGCAUCGGAACAGUCGGUCGAGCACUGGAUGCUUGAGUCACAGCUAUUGCAACUCAAACUGGACAGAGAGCUCAAGAAUAGGGGUCAGACGGCGGCGGCCGCCGCGACGGCCACACAAGACGUGGAUACAGUUCAAGUGCCGUCCGUCAGUACCAGUGAUAGUAACGCUCAGUUAACUCAAACGACAGGCACUGCGGCCGCGACUAUACAGACGGCGAAGACUAGCAGUUCCACGCCGUCUACGGGCAGUCAACGGAGUAUCGAAAUGUCGUGCAACGACUUCGCCGGUUCGUCGCUACAGUCGCCCACCGUUUCGGAGGACAAACUCAGUCUCAAUAGUAACGCGACGGCCGACGAAGACGUGCCACAAGUGACCGCUUAUUUACGGAACCGUAUAUCACAGCUGAUCGACGGCUUGCACGCGGCCGACAGCAAAGCCGUCGCCUAUCAUACGGAAUGUCAAUCAUUGCAGCAAAAGCUGUCCGCAUGUAAUCGGCAGCGACUGCUCACCGCUCAGGAUAUGGACACCAAAGCCGAUGAGAUGACGCAUUUGCGCGAAGAGUUGGCCACCAAUGUGUCCAAUUAUGAGCAACAGUUGUCGCUAAUGUCCGAGCAUUUGGCGAAUAUGAACGACAAACUCAGCGCACAGACCGACGAAAUCGCAUCACUUAAACAGUUCCACUCAAACAAUACUAACAACUCUUCAGUCAAAGUAUGUCUGAAGUGA